CAAACCGAGUAAAGUGAUGGGCACAUUAAUAAGCACGCAAGAAGAAAAUAUGGGCAGUAGCUGCUGAUCUCUGCGCAACUCGAAACGCCCACAGCCCGGACCCAGUUCAGUUUUCUUUCUUAUUAGAUACUGACUGCAGCAGUUGUUCUCAAGAAGAGAUUCGUUUUACUGGUUUUGUUCUAAUGAAGAGAAAAUUCUGAAGCCCAGAACUGAGAAAAGCAGAUAAUAAACUUCAGUAUGUCAAAGCAAGCUCAACUCCCUCCUCGUUGCCCUAUCCAAAAGAAAACCAUGGGUUGCCAAGCUACUGUCCCUGUUUCCUCACCCUCAUGCAAAGAUACUGAGUUGCAUGCCAGGAAAUCGGGACAUUGUGAAUCUUUCUGGCAGAGCUUCAUACUAGAGGAGCAGCCAGCAUGGCUGAAUGAUUUACUGAGUGAUACUGACUCAAAUUGGAACGGUGCGUUACACGGCCGAGCUGCUAGUGAUUCUUUCACCAUUUUUGAUGGUAUAGUGCCUUUACCAGAUCUAGAUCAACUUAAUGAAACAGAAACUGCAGAUUCUUGUGAGCCAGAUGAUGGAUUGGGGUCCGGUUGUACUUAUGGUCCUAAUUCUCCAAGAAGAAAAAACAAGUGGAGCCUUCCCGAAAAAGAAAUAGUUUCAGCAUUUUCGGAAUAUGUUAUGCAAAACCCUCUGCAGCAUGUAGAUGGAUAUAUUUCUGUUCCGGGAGAGUCGGAUUCAAAUGGUGAUGCCUAUACUUCAGCGAGUGAGAUCAAUACCGGGAACAAAGCAAUGAAACGCCACCCUGGACAGAGGUCUAGAGCUCGAAAACUCCAAUACAUCACUGAUCUUGAAAGAACUGUUGAUAUUCUUCAGAAUCUGGGGUCGGAAUUGGCUGUCAGGGUUGCCUCAAUAAGUCAGCAAAAUGCUGCUCUAUCAAUGGAGAAUAAUACACUGAAGCAGCAGUUGCUGAGGAUGCAGCGGGAGAAAUUCAUUGUAGAUAGUGAGUUCCAGUCCCUUAAGAAAGAGGUGGUGAGGUUGAAAACCAGUUUAACUGUUUCCGCCAAUAAUAACAAUGUCUACAACAGGUCAAGCUUCACUGCUAACUUAGCUCAUUCAGAUGCCAUGUGGGAUAUGUUAGACAUGCGAAAACUUGAUCUCAACUGACAGGAAUUGGCCUCACGGCCUAUCAUCAAGGUGCAUUAAGCCACUCGUAAUCACUUUUAGUCUUUGAUUUUGUGGCUUCUGAUGACAUUUAUGGUUCUAGCUACGCAGUAGUACUGAUGACAUUUAUGGUUCGACUAUGAUCUUUACGUCAUUGAAAAUUAGUCGGGGACCAGUUAAGUCUCUUCAUUGUUUUGUCUGCAGAAAAUUACCUCACCAAUGCUGCAGAAAUGACUAGACGUUACCGGGAUUGAUUGAUAAAGCCCUGAUCAUAUAGAUUUUUCUGAUGUUUGUAAAUCAGAAGUUCUUCAUAGCGGUCCUUCAGUCGAUUUUAAAGCCCGUCUAAGUGGCACUGAUUUUGAAUUGUACAGCAGCUAGCGUAGCGUUUCUCUCCGUUCUCUAUCCAUUCGUAGCCAUAUACAUAUUCUUGUUGCUCACAGAGAACAGGUAUGGACUUGUGAAUGGCAAUCUGCAAAAUGGUGGUACAUGGGAAGCUGCUUGUCUUGACAGCAUUUUUAUCUCAGAGUCUUGGGGGCAGGAAGGAUUGAGCAACCAGUGAAUAAUUUUCCCCAGUUGCUGAAGACCCUGAGAUAAAUAUUUUUGUCCUUGUUUAUUGAAAUAUAUUUUUUUCUUGAUUUAUAAAAACACUCAAAAAAACAUAUAUAUAAAAUAAAUAAAACACUCCACCGGUAGAGGGGGCAGAUUAUUUAGGCC